GUCUGCGCCUAGGCACGCCGCGUCCGCCGCCAUGAAGCUCAACGUGGACGGGCUGCUGGUCUACUUCCCCUACGACUACAUCUACCCGGAGCAGUUCUCCUACAUGCUGGAGCUCAAACGCACGCUGGACGCCAAGGGUCAUGGAGUCCUGGAGAUGCCCUCAGGCACUGGCAAGACAGUGUCCCUGCUGGCGCUGAUUAUGGCCUACCAGCGGGCAUAUCCACUGGAGGUGACGAAACUCAUCUACUGCUCGAGGACAGUGCCAGAGAUUGAGAAGGUGAUUGAGGAGCUUCGCAAGUUGCUCAAUUUUUACGAAAAGCAGGAAGAUGAGAAGCUGCCAUUUUUGGGGCUGGCUCUGAGCUCCCGCAAGAACCUGUGCAUUCAUCCUGAGGUGACACCGCUGCGCUUUGGGAAAGAUGUUGAUGGGAAAUGCCACAGCCUCACGGCCUCCUACGUGCGGGCGCAAUACCAACAGGACGCCAGCUUGCCCCACUGCCGCUUCUAUGAGGAAUUCGACGCCCAUGGGCGCCAAGCACCCCUCCCUGCCGGCAUCUACAACCUGGAUGACCUGAAGGCCUUGGGGCGGCGCCAGGGCUGGUGCCCUUACUUCCUCGCCCGCUACUCAAUCCUGCACGCCAACGUGGUGGUUUACAGCUACCACUAUCUCCUGGACCCCAAGAUAGCAGACCUGGUGUCCAAGGAGCUGGCCCGCAAGGCCGUGGUGGUCUUUGAUGAGGCCCACAACAUUGACAACGUCUGUAUUGACUCCAUGAGUGUCAACCUCACCCGCCGGACCCUGGACAGGUGCCAGGGCAACCUGGAGACCCUGCAGAAGACGGUGCUCAGGAUCAAGGAGACGGACGAACAGCGCCUGCGCGAUGAGUACCGCCGCCUGGUGGAGGGGCUGCGGGAGGCCAGUGCUGCCCGGGAGACCGACGCCCACCUGGCCAACCCUGUGCUGCCCGAUGAGGUGUUGAAGGAGGCGGUGCCCGGCUCCAUCCGCACGGCUGAGCACUUCCUCGGCUUCCUGCGGCGGCUGCUGGAGUUCGUCAAGUGGCGGCUGCGCGUGCAGCACGUGGUCCAGGAGAGCCCGCCUGCCUUCCUGAGCAGCCUGGCGCAGCGCGUGUGCAUCCAGCGCAAGCCCCUCAGGUUCUGUGCUGAGCGCCUGCGGUCCCUCCUGCACACCUUGGAGAUCGCCGACCUGGCCGACUUCUCCCCGCUCACUCUACUUGCUAACUUCGCCACCCUGGUCAGCACCUACGCCAAGGGCUUUACCAUCAUCAUUGAGCCUUUUGAUGACAGGACCCCCACCAUCGCCAACCCCAUCCUGCACUUCAGCUGCAUGGACGCCUCCCUGGCCAUCAAACCUGUGUUCGAGCGCUUCCAAUCUGUCAUCAUCACCUCCGGGACACUGUCCCCACUGGACAUCUACCCCAAGAUCCUGGACUUCCAUCCUGUCACCAUGGCAACCUUCACAAUGACACUGGCCCGGGUCUGUCUGUGCCCCAUGAUUAUCGGCAGGGGUAAUGACCAGGUGGCCAUCAGCUCCAAAUUUGAGACCCGGGAAGAUAUUGCCGUGAUCCGGAACUAUGGAAACCUCCUGCUGGAGAUGUCUGCUGUGGUCCCUGAUGGCAUCGUGGCCUUCUUCACCAGCUACCAGUACAUGGAGAGCACUGUGGCCUCCUGGUACGAGCAGGGCAUCCUUGAGAACAUCCAGAGGAACAAGCUGCUCUUCAUUGAGACCCAGGAUGGGGCAGAGACCAGUGUUGCCCUGGAGAAGUAUCAGGAGGCCUGCGAGAAUGGCCGAGGGGCCAUCCUGCUCUCAGUGGCCCGGGGCAAAGUGUCUGAGGGAAUCGACUUCGUGCACCACUUCGGGCGGGCAGUCAUCAUGUUUGGUGUCCCCUAUGUCUACACCCAGAGCCGCAUUCUGAAGGCACGGCUGGAAUACCUGCGGGACCAGUUCCAGAUCCGCGAGAACGACUUCCUCACCUUUGAUGCCAUGCGCCACGCGGCCCAGUGUGUAGGCCGGGCCAUCCGGGGCAAGACGGACUACGGCCUCAUGGUCUUCGCCGACAAACGGUUCGCCAGGGCGGACAAGCGGGGGAAGCUGCCGCGCUGGAUCCAGGAGCACCUCACCGAAGCCAACCUCAACCUGACCGUCGACGAGGGCGUCCAGGUCGCCAAGUACUUCCUGAGGCAGAUGGCGCAGCCUUUCCACCGGGAGGAUCAGCUGGGGCUGUCCCUGCUCAGCCUGGAGCAGCUGGAGUCGGAGGAGACGCUGCGGAGGAUCGAGCAGAUCGCCCAGCAGAUGUGAGCGGGGCAGGCUCAUCAGAGCAGUGUGAGGUGACGCCCUCGUCUUGCCUGGCCCUGUCCCAGCAGCACAGAGGACCCCUCAGGUGGACAUUCCAAAUCUAUAGCCUUUAAUUACGGGGGAGAAGGCAGCACUGAUGUCCGACCCACUGGCCCCCCGCCUCCCAGGCACCCCCCAUUCUGGAGAAGCUGCAUGGUCCCAUCCGUGUUAGCGGGGGCUCAUGUCCUGGAUACUGGCGCUGAGGGUCCGAGGGAGCUCACUCAAGGGCCGACUGCGGAGCUGGGGACAGACACAGGGAGCGGUGGUGACGGGCAAGCAGAUCUCUGCUCCAGUUGUCACUGCGCCCGUCCCCUUGCCUCUACCCCAGGUACACCCUCCCUUCUGUCCUGGGCUCUGCUCCACCCCCACCUGUCAGCCCCUGCCUCUCUGAGCCUGCCACGGUGGCUCUGCUCCAUCCUUGACAGGUGUCCUUCUCACCUGAGCCCCCGGAGCUCUGACAUUCUCUGUAUUCAGCACAUUUAGGGACAUGGCUCUCUUCAUCCUGCAGAGAAUGGGUCAGAGAAGGACAGGUGAAUGUCCAGGCCCCUCUAGGAAGGUCCUCUCCAGGACUAGGUUAGAUCUGUGUCACAGGGCAGAUGGGAGCCAUGGAAAGCUCUUGAGCAGGACUGGGGGAGGGUGCUGCAGGUGCCACCACCAUCAGGGCUUGGCCACCCCGAGCCGGCACUCACCCUGCUGCCCCUGCCAAGCCCUCCCCUCGGAGGCGGGACACCAGCUUCUCACUUCCCCGCCGGAGAGACUCACGGAGCUUAGAGAAUGAGCUGCUCCUUCGAAGAGCCUGAAGAGGAGCCAGGGACAGUGACUGACCCCCACCUGGCCCAUCCAGUCCCCAUCCCCCCUCAGGAACCAAAGCAGGGCCUCCUCACCUGUUGUUCUGCUUCACCAGCUGUGCCUGUGUUAGGAGCUCCUGGGGGACAGAGGGGAUGUUGAGAGGGGCACCGAGGAGCCCUUGGGAGGGAGGAGGGCAGACAGGCUCACCCAAAGUUGGUGGCAGGCCCUCCCUGUGGAGGAUCUCCCUGUACAGCUCCUCUGCCUGCUCGUAUUUGUUCUGCUUCAGGUAGGCGGAGGCCUGCAGGGAGGGCAGGGCAGGGGGACCUUGGCUGUAAUCUGGGGACUUCUUAGGACCCCCAGCCCAUCUUAAGUGCAAGCCUGGCCACACUGCCUCCUGGGGCCUGCCCAGAGGGCAUCUGCUGCUGCAACAGACGGGGCCCCGCCCUGCCUUGGCCGUGUAGGGGGUGACGGUAGCCCUGUUGUAACGAGCUAAGAAGGGGUUGCCCACGGUGGGUGCAAUAAAGAUGUGACAUUGGCA